UCGAGGUGGUAAUACUAAUCAUAACCUCUACCGUGAUUCAUUAAAUAUUUUCUAGUUUGGUUACCAGACUUUCGUCAUAGUGGGAGAGAGAAUUUUGUGGCAUACUUGACUUUUCAACUCUCAAUACGCUCAUUGAAAGCAUGUUCCAUUGCGUUCAGCGCACGAGUCUUUAAAACUGUAUGGGAAUACUUUAUAACGCGGAAACGUUCUUUUUUUCUUAUUCUUAUUUUUGGAAGCCGUCCAACGCACCUGCGAGAGAGGCAAAACAACCCAAGGAGGAACUUUCUGUUUCAGCUGUGGCAACAGGCUUUCGUCCGGUCCCUGCCGUGAUUUAAAGUUUAAACGUUACCUCUCAACGUGCGAGGCGCACAUUGCCAACCAAGCACAUAUGGACUCCACACAGGAUGGGAUGUUCUCCUGUGGUUCAUUUUAAAGUGACGGACAAACUUUGGCGUUUACUUGGCGCUUUUGAAAAGCACCCACAAACUUCUGCUUGACUUGUGCCUUCAUAAACGCAACUUUGUCCUUACGCACACGCCACUGACACGGGCCCAGCGAGAAAGCGCUCCAGCCGGCUGACUGUCGUCAUGGGCUGGCGUCCGUAUCCCGGAGCUUUCACAGUCUGGAGAUUGACUGUUCUGGUGAUUGAGCUUGCUUGCACGGCCUUAGGAAAGAGACAUGCUGUCUACUGGAAUUCCACAAACACAAAGUUGGUGAAUGGCGACUACGCUAUCCAGGUGAACCUCAACGACUACCUGGACAUCCUGUGUCCUCACUACAUAUCGGAGCUGCCCGAGGCCACGCCCCCGGAAACGCUGGCGCUCUACCUGGUGCCGGAGGCAGGGUUCCGGGGUUGCCAGGAGACGCGCGGCGCCAUCAAGCGCUGGGAGUGCUCGCGGCCAUACGCCCCCUACGGGCCCGUGCGCUUCUCCGAGAAGAUCCAGCGCUUCACGCCCUUCUCCCUGGGCUUCGAGUUCCUGCCCGGACAUCACUACUACUACAGCUCUCUCUCUACAGAUGAGGGUCCUCCCAUCCCCUGUAUGAAGAUCCGUGUCACAGUGUGCUGUGCAUCCGGUGAGUGCCCUCAUCCUUUCACACACUCUCUCUACUUCAUCCCUCCUUUUUUAUUCUUUUGA